GGGCUCAGAUUGCUGCGUCCCAUCGUUUUGCCUCCAGCUAACGGGGCAGCAUCAUCACCCGUCAUAUUUCCUUUAUUUGGAAUCUGUAACUAAAACGUGUGUCUGAGCAAUAGGUGCCUGUUCUGCUUUUGACAUCGUUCCUUCGCUCCCUGACCUACUGGGGCUAGAACAUGGGCUGAGGCCAAAUGAUGCUCCCCACUGUCACAGAGGCACAUAACGCUCCCCUGUGCUUGUGGCUGACGCUGCUGCUUACUCUUAAUUACAGUUAAAUGCCCCUUUGAACAUAUUUUUCUUGGCCUAACUCUGUGGUUUGUGCCCUGUAGUUUAUUUUAACCCCAUCACCCACAGGAGGCUUAUUUCAGGCAGUAGGGAAGCUGCCCAGGGUGCUUCUGAGGGGGUCUGGUUUCUUAGGUUUGGAUGGCAGUACCUCUUGUAAAAGAGAUGUUUGAAUGCUGGGGAACUAUAACUUUGAAACUGUACCCCAAGGGGAAUCAGACAGUUAAAUCCCAGCAGAUAAAAGGAAAACAAAAGUAUAAUCCUGAAAACCUACUUGUAUGCCUCAGACUCCUACUUGUCCAAAGACUUCCAUACUGUUACAACGGGAAGUGGCUCUGCUUGGAAGUGAGGGGAUCAGAUCCCUGCCUAUGUCUCCAGGCUCUUGGGUGAACUGGAGCAACAAUAGUGCAAACAGAAGGGUUAAAUGAUGAGCCGGAAUGGACUGUAACUCCCUCCAAAGGCUAACCUGACUUCCUGGGACAAUCAGGCUUGCAUCUAUAGUUUGCAUGAGAUCAGAGCCUCCUAUAGUGUUGCUACAUUGUGUGUGUGUGUUAGAGAGAGAGAGAGAGACCCCCCCUUUCUUCCAUUAGAUAGCAGAGCAGGUUCGUUCACAGUCCUGCAGCCAGGUUUGUCACAUGCAUGUUGUGAUCGUGUCUCCCAUCCCUAAGACUAGGUCCAGAGGAAAUGUGCGUAGUUGGCACUGGGUGAACUUUAAGGAGGUUUAACCCUGCAGAAGUAUGUUUUGUAACCCUGCAGUCCCUGGGAACAGCCCCAGAGCCUCUUCUUGGUGUGUGUGCGAUUGGCUCUUAGUUUUGAUUUUUUGCUGCCUCAGAGAACGUUUGGCAUCUUUAAUAAAUAACCCUUUGCUGUGCGCUCCUGAGGAGGAGAAGCAAAGAAUUGUGGCCUGGUCUCUACUGUGAGGAAUAUGCUAGGGGGGAAAGAUCCCAGCUGACCUAGGAGGGUCGCCUUGGAGGCACAAGCUGUGAUUCCAGUCUGUGUAUAAUGAAGCCAGCAUCACCUUUGCCUUCAGUCUGUUACUGCCCGGGGCAAAUGGAACAGAGGAGCUGCUCAGAAUAUUUAGUCAAAAAGGAGGUCACCCAGGAUCAUGCUGUUGGGACCAGCCAUCCUAGGGGCACAGAUAGGAAAAUGGAAAUUCCAACUCCUCCAACUUCUAAGUGCAUUAUUUACUGGAAAAGGAAAGUCAAGUCUGAAUAUAUGCGUCUUCGGCAACUCAAGAGGUUUCAGGCAAACAUGGGAGCCAAGGCUCUGUUUGUGGCCAAUUUUGCAAAGGUUCAAGAAAAAACUCAAAUUCUGAAUGAAGACUGGAAGAAGCUUCGAGUUCAGCCAGUCCCGCUAAUGAAGCCUGGCACUGGGCACCCUUUCCUGAAACAGUGUACCGUCGAGAGCAAUUUCCCUGGAUUCCCAAACCAGACCAUCUUCAUGAGGUCCCUAAACACAGUAGCGUUGGUGCCUAUUAUGUAUUCCUGGUCCCCUCUUCAGCAGAAUUUCAUGGUGGAGGAUGAGACCGUGCUGUGCAAUAUCCCCUACAUGGGAGAUGAGGUGAAGGAGGAAGAUGAAACCUUCAUUGAAGAGCUAAUUAAUAACUACGACGGGAAAGUUCACGGCGAGGAAGAGAUGAUAACAGGGUCCGUCCUUAUCAGCGACGCAGUGUUCCUGGAGCUUGUUGACGCUCUGAAUCAGUACUCGGAUGAGGAAGAGGAAGGGCUCAAUGACUCUGAGGGUAAACAGGAGGAUGGGAAGGAGGAGCUGCCAGUCACAAGAAAAAGAAAGCGAACCACAAUGGAAGGCAACAAAAAGUGUCCAAAGAAGCAGUUCCCAAAUGACAUGAUCUUCAGUGCUAUUUCUUCAAUGUUUCCUGAGAACGGCUUCCCGGAAGACAUGAAAGAGCGGUACAGGGAACUUACGGAACAGUCUGAUCCGAACGUGCUGCCCCCCCAGUGCACUCCAAACAUUGAUGGGCCAUGUGCCAAGUCCGUCCAGCGGGAGCAGUCCCUGCAUUCGUUCCAUACGCUCUUCUGCAGGCGGUGCUUCAAAUACGACUGUUUUCUGCAUCCUUUCCAUGCGACUCCUAAUGUCUAUAAACGGAAGAACAGAGAGAUCAAAAUCGAGCCAGAUCCCUGCGGGACAGACUGUUUCCUCUGGCUGGAGGGAGCCAAGGAGUUUGCGGUGCUGCACAAUCCCAGGUCCAAAUGCUCAGGUCGGCGGCGCCGUAGGCACCAUGUGGUCAGUGCUUCCAGCUCAAACCCCUCGUCCUCCUCCGUGGCUGAGACGAGGGAGGGAGACAGCGACAGAGACACGGGCAACGACUGGGCCUCGAGUUCCUCAGAGGCCAACUCCCGAAGCCAGACCCCCACCAAGCAGAAGGGCAGCCCUGCCUCCUCCCAGCUCUUUGUGAUGGAAGCGCCACAGGAGCCCGUCGAGUGGACGGGGGCCGAGGAGUCGCUCUUCCGCGUGCUCCAUGGCACCUACUUCAACAACUUCUGCUCGAUAGCCAGGCUGCUGGGAACGAAAACCUGCAAGCAGGUCUUCCAGUUUGCGGUGAAAGAAUCCCUUAUAAUGAAACUGCCGACCGGCGAGCUCAUGAAUCCGUCCCAGAAGAAGAAAAGGAAGCACAGGCUGUGGGCUGCGCACUGCAGGAAGAUCCAGCUGAAGAAAGAUAAUUCACCUACCCAGGUGUACAACUACCAGCCCUGCGACCACCCCGACCACCCCUGCGACAGCUCCUGUCCCUGCAUCAUGACUCAGAAUUUCUGUGAAAAGUUCUGCCAGUGCAAUCCUGACUGUCAGAACCGCUUCCCGGGCUGCCGCUGUAAGACCCAGUGCAACACCAAGCAGUGUCCGUGCUACCUGGCCGUGCGGGAGUGCGACCCUGACCUGUGCCUGACCUGCGGGGCGUCGGAGCACUGGGAUUGCAAGGUGGUCUCCUGUAAGAACUGCAGCAUCCAGCGGGGCCUCAAAAAGCAUUUGCUGCUGGCUCCAUCAGAUGUCGCUGGCUGGGGGACAUUCAUCAAGGAAUCUGUGCAGAAGAAUGAAUUUAUCUCUGAAUAUUGUGGUGAGCUUAUUUCCCAGGACGAGGCCGACCGGCGGGGGAAGGUCUAUGACAAGUACAUGUCCAGCUUCCUCUUCAACCUCAACAACGAUUUCGUUGUUGAUGCCACCCGCAAAGGAAACAAAAUCCGCUUUGCCAACCACUCUGUGAACCCCAACUGCUACGCCAAAGUGGUGAUGGUGAAUGGAGACCACCGGAUAGGAAUCUUUGCCAAGAGGGCCAUCCAGGCUGGGGAGGAGCUCUUCUUUGAUUACAGGUACAGCCAGGCCGAUGCCCUGAAGUACGUGGGCAUAGAAAGGGAGACGGAUAUCAUCUAGCCCCCCGCGGGCACGGCCCCUGCUCCUGUCUGCCCCAAUGCCGUGUUCAUUCCAUGCUCCAUCAUUGCUGCCCCGUUCCCGUUGCUGUGUGUCCCGAGUGCUCCGUUCCAGCCAGACGCCUGGGAGCAAAGCCCAGGGCAGGAGCAGGAGUCAGACGCUGCCUGGGGUAGCAGGAACCUGGCUUGGUUCCGGGGCAGGUGGGCGCUGGUGCUCCUGGGCUGGGACAGCUCCAGAGACUGGAAGGAAGAGGCAUGGCUGAGAAAUGCUCAGUCUGUUUCUAAACCUGCCUGAGCGACCAGCUGGAUCUGGAGCCAAGGGACGGUGGAGCGACCCCCUGCAUGCAGGGAGCAGGGAGCGGGUGCUUGAUGUUCUGCUCCUGCCGCAGCCAUUGGAGUGAGCUUUUAUCCCUGGAGCAUCUCUUGCUACCUCUCGAUUUCCUUCCAUGCUGAAGUGCUGGGGCCGAGGCUGCUAGCACGUGGUCAGACCCCACCGAGGGUCAGUCCCGCCUCCCUGCAGCGUGGCUCCGGCGAAAGGGGGGAGCUGCCCAGCACAGUGUGUGGGGAGGGGUCCGCCGGGGCGAGGAGCCACGCUGGUUACGUGACGCAAUGGUGCCAGGAGGAGCCGAGUGUGCGUCUGUGGUGGGGUUACCUUAGGAGCCAGAGGAGCUGGCGGGAGGGGGCAGGAAACGCGAGGCCAGCUGGAGCGUGGGAGGCCCCUUGCCCUGCCCCAGCUCCCACCUGCCAGGCUCUGCGGAACGCCUGGUGAACGAUGUGUAUUUCUGCCUCUUGUGCUGGCCGGCCCUUGGAGCCUGGUGCGUCGCGCACCCCCUGCUCUGCAGAACUGGGGCGCCACAGGCCACGUGCAGCUCCAGCUCGCUGUGCCUGGGGUUAGUGGUGGGCAGCCUGGGCUCUUCCUGUGUCAAGCCUUCAGCCCGUACCAGGCAGGCGGGCACUGCUGGGACAGUCCCUCCGGGCCACGGGCUCUCGGCCCCUGCUGGUUUCUGUGCUGUUAGCCAGGUGAGUGGUGCUGCUGCAGGCAUGUCACUGACGCAGACACUUUAACCUGCUCCACUUCCUGUCCUGGAGCGGGGCUGCCCCACAGCUGCCAUGCCAGAGCCAGGCAGUGCUGCGAAUGCUGGGCACUGAACUACCCGGCACUGCUCCAUGCUGACCAGCGAGGGGGGCUGGGGCCUCUCUGGGGGCUGCCAGUCAGCACAGGCCUGCUGGGGAUGCAGAGGGGCUGGAAGUGUGGGUCUCCCACGGGAGGUGGCGCAGAGCAUUCUGCUUGCCCAGCGCUGGGCUGGGUGCUCCAGCGUCACACAGUUGAGCCGGCAGGUUCCCCUGGCCCGGGCUGCCCCAGCAGUACCCGUAAGGCACUUUACAAGCCCCCCAUGGCUCCUUGCUCUGGCCUGGAGCUCCUGCCAUUGCACAGAACUCUUCUCAGGUGGCGUUUGGAUCAGCGAGAGCUUUGCCUGCUGUAAAUACCUUGUGGCCGGUGCCCGCCAGCAGCUCUGUUGCACCAGGCCCCCUCCCAGCAGUGCAGACCGGGGGGGCAGGCUCCCCGGAGGUGGAGAGCAGGGCAGGGUCUGCUCUCAGCACCCCAUGCAACGAAAUCAAGUGAGCACUUUAAACUAGGCCUCCCACCCAGCCGAGGAGCUGGGACCCGGGCGGCUCUGGGUUUGAGGACACACCUGCCAGCCCAAGCACAGCUGGUGCUGGGUGGGGUCAGUUCAGAUGGCAGGGUCUUGUCCCGGAGCAGGAAUGAAAGCCAGGGCUGGCCUGUGCCUGGGGGGAGGGGGCAGGCUCUCUCGCUCUGGGCUGACGGUGCAUCCAAGUGGGGGGCGAGCCAGGCUCUCGGGCCUGCUGCCUACUAGCUCAGGCUUGUCCCUGUUCUCAAGCAUCCAGGCAUGUUCCUGCCACUAGCAGCCGAGCGGGGCCCAAGGCCCAUGCUGCUCCCCCGCAGGGCAGUUAGGCCCAUCUCCCUCCCUGGGGCUGGCAGGGGUGUGUGCCUGGGCCCCCUUGUCUGAGUGCCCCACCCCUCCCCGGCACCAUACCGCCCUCCCAGCCAGUGACUUGCCCUCUGCGCAGUGAGAGGCUUUGUGUGUGUGGUCUGCUGCUGUGAAUUAUAUGCACUUUAAAACUGAUGUGGCUUGUAAUCUUUGUCCCAAUAAAGUGGUAGUGAAUGUCCUCCCCGGCCUGGCUGCCAGCGUCUGU